AUGGCUAUGAUGUCAUCGUCACCACCACUACACGUCGGAGACCGCCAUCCACCUCCGCCUCUACUUCACUCGACCAGCACCAACGUUCAACCGGUCGCAAAUUGUGAGCUUCCUCGCCGACAACACUCCAACCGUUUGUCUCAAAAGAUCGAUCGUCUCUGCCAAUUGAAAAACCGCACCGGAGCUCUGACUUUGCUCCACGACUCGCCUUCUGAGCUUACAGAAACCGCCAAAGCAACCGGUAUUCUAUUGCAGGCAUGCGGUGGCGACAAAGACAUCGAAACCGGCCGGAAAGUCCACCAACUGGUUUGGUCAUCGCCGCACUUGAGAAACAACUCAAUCCUCAACACUCAAAUUAUCACGAUGUACUCCGUUUGUGGAUCUCCCUCCGAUUUACGAAUCGUUUUCGAACAAUUAGAGAACAAGAACUUAUAUCAAUGGAACGCAAUCAUCAACGGAUACACUAGAAACGAUCUCUGUGAUGAUGCGAUUCUUGUCUUUUCCCAGUUUUUGCAAACAGAGCAUAUACCUGAUAAUUUCACCUUGCCUUGCGUGAUUAAAGCUUGUGUCGGAGCUCCGAAUUUGAUAUGUGGUCAGGUGGUUCACGGUAUAGCCGUGAAGACAGAUGAUGCAGUCAAGGUGUUCGACUUUAUGCCUGAAAGAAACUUGGUCACAUGGAAUUCAUUGAUUUCAGUAUUCUCAAACAACGGAUUUUCUCAAAAAAGUAUCCAUCUGUUCAUGGAGUUUCUGGUUGCCGGAGAAAGUUUGACACCUGACGUUGCUACAUUAGUAACUUUGCUACCAGUUUGUGCUUCUGAAAGAGACAUUUUGUUAGGAAAAACCAUCCACUCUUUGGCUGUGAAAUUGGGAUUGUAUCAUGAUUUAACGAUGCAAAAUGCAUUGAUGGACAUGUAUUUGAAAAACGGAUACAUGUUAGAAGCCCGUAUCAUUCUUGAUAAGAUAAAAAACAAGAAUGUGGUUUCUUGGAAUUCGAUUAUUGGGGGUUGUUCAAAAGAAGGUGAAGUUGGACAUACAUUUGAACUUCUUCGCAAGAUGCAAAUGGAAAAAAUAAAACCCGAUCAGGUAACCAUUCUAAACGUCUUAAAAGUUUGCUUACAUCAUUCACAUCUCUUAAAGGUAAAGGAACUUCAUGGGUAUUCAAUUCGACAUGGCAUUGAAUCUAACGAAUUGGUGGCAAAUGCUUUCAUUACAGCUUACACAAAACAUACGUCAUCAUAUUAUUUGGGUGAAAAUACUUUUAACCUCAUGAAAAACAUAACAGUAAGUUCUUGGAAUACACUUAUCAGUGGCUCUGUGCGAAAUGGUGAUCCUUUAAAAGCAAUAGAUUUAUAUAUUAAAAUGACAUCUUUUGGGAUUCAGCCUGAUUUGUACAGCAUCAGUAGCUUGCUUUUAGCUUUUCAAGACCUCAAGUUGCUUAACUAUGGUAAACAAACUCAUGGGUUUGUGGUUAGAAAGGGGUUAGAAACCGAUUCACAUAUCGGUAAUUCAUUAAUUUCUUUUUACAUUCAAUGUGAGAAACCAAUGUCUGCAAGGUUCGUGUUUGAUAGAUUGGUGAAUAAAAAUUUAGUGUCAUGGAAUUCAAUUAUCACUGGUUACUCACAGAAUAAACAACCAAACGAAGCAUUAAAUAUCUUCCGAAAAAUGGUGUUUAGUGGGACCCAACCGUAUGAGAUUGCAACCACAGGUGUGUUAAGCGCUUGUUCACAGUUGUCUGCUCUAAAGCUAGGAAAAUCGAUCCAUUCUUUUGCUUUAAAGAAAAACCUCACGAGGGACGUUUUCGUAAUAUCUUCAAUCAUAGACAUGUAUGCGAAAACGGGCAGCAUAAAAGCUGCCCGGAAUGCUUUCGAACAGUCAGAUAAAAACCAUGUUGGGCUCUGGACAGUUCUGAUUGCGGGCUAUGCGAUUCACGGGCAGGGAAACGAAUCUAUAAAGCUGUUCAUGGAAAUGAAAAGGUUUGGAAUGAAACCUGAUCAUUUCACCUUCAUUGCCAUUUUAAUGGCAUGUAACCAUGGUGGAUUAGUCAAAGAAGGUCUUGAAUUCUACAAUGAGAUGGAUACUGUUCAUGGAGUCAAGCCAAAAAUCGAGCAUUAUGCAUGUUUAAUCGACAUGCUUGGUCGUGCAGGGCGUUUUGAUGAUGCUAUGAUUGUUAUUGCUAAAAUGCCUGAAGAACCUGAUGCUAGAAUUUGGAGUUCAUUGCUUAGUUCAUGUAGAAUUCAUGGUAAUAUGGAGUUGGGAAAAGAAGUUUCUGAAAAGUUGUUAAAACUUGAGCCAAGUAAACCAGAAAACUAUGUGUUGUCAUCGAACCUUUUUGCAAGUUUAGAGAAGUGGGAUGAUGUUAGAAUGAUUAGGGAAAAGAUGAAGAAGAUUGGGGUGAAGAAAGAAGUUGGUUGUAGUUGGAUUGAAGUUGAAGGGAAAGUAUAUAACUUCCUUGCUGGAGAUAAUGGAGCUGAAGAAAUGUAA